UGAAGAAGCCAAUUUCAACAAAACACCAGCACAAGAUGUCCAGACAGUUGUGCUAAAAGAGGAAACGGGGGAAGAACAUCAACAAAAAACUCACCAAACAUGGAUAUGCCCUUCCUCCUCCUCAUCAUCAUCAUGUGGAUUGGCUUACCUCCUCCCUAUGGCAAAAGCCACGGAAAGGCUGAAGUACAUCUCCUUGGCUAUCCUCGUACUGCAGUGUACAACGCUGGUGCUAGCUAUGAGAUACUCUCGUGCACUAAAACAAGAUGGUCCACUCUACUUGGCCUCCUCAGUAGUGGUGUCCGUAGAGAUGUUGAAGUUUGUCACCAGCAUUUUCUUAGUCUUCAAAGACAAUGGAUUCAAUUUUCAGGCUUCGAAACAUGUGAUGAGGGAUGAGAUUAUAAAUAAGCCAAUAGAAACCUUGAAACUGGCAAUACCAUCUGGCAUCUACACUUUCCAGAAUAAUUUAGCAUUUAUAGCCCUCAGCAACCUUGAUGCUACUACUUACCAGGUGACGUAUCAGCUGAGGAUCCUGACCACAGCACUGUUUUCGGUCUGUCUGCUGGGAAAGAAACUAGGACUGUUCCAAUGGCUGUCUCUUCUCAUCCUGAUGGCAGGAGUAGUUCUUGUUCAGUGGCCAGAGGAGACACCAGGAACUUCAGAGCAAGCAGAGCUAUUGACCAGCAACCAGGUAGUUGGAUUGCUGGCUGUUCUGGCAAUGUGCUGCUCCAGUGCUUUUGCUGGUGUUUACUUUGAGAAAAUCCUGAAGGAGACACCACUGGGUGUAUGGGUACGGAACAUCCAACUGGGUUUCUUUGGGCUCAUCUUUGGUAUUGUGGUCCUUUUUGUUAAGGAUGGAGAAGCAGUGAUAAGGUCUGGUAUGUUCCAGGGAUACAAUGAACUGACUUGGAUAAUUAUUGUAUUACAGGCUUUUGGGGGUUUGAUGGUCGCUGUUGCUAUUAAGUAUGCUGACAACAUACUGAAGAGCUUUGCAAUGUCAUUCUCAAUCAUUUUGUCCUGUUUCAUAUCAUACCUCUGGUUUGAAGACUUUGACCCCGCCAGUUUUUUCUUUCUUGGCGCAGUGCUGGUCAUUGCUGCUACAUUUCUCUACGGAUUUGAUGGAAGCGUAAAGGAAUCUGGCCGUGCCGAAACGGUAUAGAAGAAGAAGCCAGGCCCGGAGCAAGAGGAAGUGGAGCACAGUAAGAGUCCUCAGCAGGGAGGAUAGAGUGGGGUCCAAGCCGAGCCGACACAGGGAAGAGGUCGGGAUAUGAAAGAGGAAAGGAAUCGGGUUGCUGAUCAGCGGGGCAGGCAGACCCUUUGAACAAAGGGAUGAUGGAGAAAGGGGAUAAUCACACAGUGACACAGUCUUCCUGUCCCCCAUUUGCAUUUAGAGAGGAGCUCUGCUGCUGUAGACAUGAAAUGCUACAUAUCAUUAUGGGACUUCUGAAAGAUCUCGGCCUUCACCACACCACGUCCAUUCAGAAUACUGCAAAGCUGAGAACUCUCACAGAUGCAUUUUGGUCAAGCGACACUGGGCCAGUAUAGGUUCCAUUAUCAGCAGCAAUUUUGUUUACCAUACCAGUGCAGUGUGAAUAUGGCAUUGAAUAUUCAUGUAGAGUGACGCCUUUAAUAUUGCGGUAUGGAUUACG